AUGCACUACCGAGAUAAGAAAACACAGGAAAUUCUCGAAAAUCUGGAUCCCACAAAAAACCUCGACCCAGAUGACUUUGUCUAUGAUGAUCUGUUUUCCAGAUUUGACAUACUCAAUCUCAUCAAAAUCUACUCAUUUGAUGGUGCACAACUUUAUCAGAGCAAGAAAUCUGACAUGUGGAUUGGUAUAUGGGUUGUAGAUGAUUACAGUCCAGGUGCCUGUUACAAAAAGAAACACAUCCUCCCUGCAGUGGUUGUCCCUGGACCCAACAAACGAAAGAAUCCUGAUUCUUUCCUGUUUCGGAGUUUCUAUCAUGUUUCUGCACUACAGUGGGAGAACAAUGGGGCAGGUCUUCAUGUGUGGGAUGGACUCAAAGAGGAAACUGUCAACUCACAUGUGAUUGUCAUUUUGAACAUGGCUGAUGCAGUGGCAUUAACAGAACUCGAUGGCUGUGUUGGUCACCAUGGCUCUGGUUGUGAUCACCCUGACAUCGACAUCAGGAACCUCUCAAGACCUUCCCCUGAAAUUUACAAAAAACAGCUAGAAAAAGUUGUUCUUGCAACAGAUCAAGCUGACUAUGAGAAAAAGCGAAAGGAAAGAGGGAUCAGUAAACCAUCCAUCAUCAGCAGACUUCUCAGAAAUUGA